AUGCCGAUCUUCCAGCCUGGAGGAACUCUUGGACAAGUUGUCCACUUCACGUCAGCCAACAGAAAUACCAACCCCCUUUCUCCAGACUCCAGGCGAUAUAUCAAAUAUCCUGGAACCGAGGACCAUCCCACGGCAGCUCCAUCACUGUCAGAGGAUGGAGUUGUGCUCCAGGGAACGAUCUGUCACUGGAGUCUCCCCAUCUCCUAUCUUUAUCAAGGAUAA